AUGCCUUCACAAUACGAACUCGAACGCGAGCGAAAUAUUGCUCGCAACAAGGCUUUGCUUGAACAACUCCAACUGAAACAAGCAGUUCAUGAUCUUGCUCCCCCCACCGCUACUUCCAAGUCUCAGGCGAAACCUGUUCAGUCAUCACGCACCAAGAAGCCUCGCGAAGCACCAACCGAUGGCCCCAGACGACAAUCUUCUCGCCUCCGUGGCACAGUGGUAGACCCCAAUGAAACACCAAAAGCCAAAAAACGGCGUUUGGCAGAAAUGGAAGAGCAACGGGCCCUCGAGGCUGAAGAGAGAAUCCAAGAACAAGAGAGGGAGCGUCUCGCUAAACGACCUCGACACAUGGAGCUGGACCUUGCUACGCUUGCCGAGAACGAGGACGCAGCGGACAUCACGGGUCUAGCGUCCUUCAUGCAGGGCUUGUCUCAGCGACAGGCGCGUGUGAUCGACGAAGAUGCAGCGCUUACGGAUGACGAGGGUGACGAGGACGACGCGUAUGUCAGCGAGUUGCGAGACAGACUGCAGGAUAUGAAGGUGGUGUCGCGUGCCAAGGUGACUCAGGACAGGAUAUACAGUGCUGCAUACCAUCCGGAGGUCACGAAAGAUAAGCACGGUCAAUUAGGAAUCUGGGAUGCCCGUGCCCCACCAGAAGAAGUCGCUGACGAAGACGGUGAUAUCUCUGUCGACGAAAACCAAGAGGGUGGCAAGUAUUGGCGUCUACAGCUCCACUGGCCCGCCACCUCUAAAUCUUCCAUCUCUUGCGUCAAAAUUGACCCCAUUGAUUCACAAAAUGUGUACACUAGUUCAUACGACAAGACCGUCAGGAGUCUAUCGUUUAUCUCUGGAGUGUCCAAAGAAGUCUUCUCCAUAGAAGACGCUCUCAUCUGCAGCAUAGACCUUGUGCCAGGAGGACGCGAGAUGUGGAUAUCUGAUGACUCCGGUGCGGUUUGGCAUCGCGACCUUCGUCAGGACAAGUCUAUAGCAACCCGAUACGAGCUCUCAGAGAAGAAGAUUGGAUGCAUCAGUGUUAACCCCGUUCGACCUAAUUUUGUGCUCACUGCAAGUAACAGUCGGGCUCUCAAAAUCUGGGAUGUGCGGAAAUUGCAAAGAUUAUCUUCCCAGGCCGCAACACAGACACUUGCGACGCCUGCACCCUCCUCGCCAGGAAGCCCAUUUCUGUCACCAGUCUCGGCUGUUACAGUCAGCGGCGAUGUAGAUCUUGACACGGUCACCGAAUAUCUCGAUUCGAAGAAGGGAAAAGGAUGUUUGCGAGCAGAAUGGCGGCAUGAACAGUCAGUCAGCUCGGCAUACUGGGAUGCUCGAGGAGGGCGGAUUGUCAGUACCAGCUAUGACAAUACCCUUCGCAUGUGGAAUCUGGAUGCUGGCCUGUUCCACAAAGAUGCACCGUUUCCCUCAUCUCGCCCUCUAGGAAGCGUCAAACACAAUUGUCAGACUGGUAAAUGGUUGACUAUUCUCAAAGCCCAGUGGUCGCCGAACUCGGAAGUGUAUCCCCACUUUACGAUUGGGAACAUGAAUCACUCCUUGGACAUCUUCUCGUGCAAGGGUGAGCUGAUCACCCGAUUGGAGGAUCGGAAACGGAUAUCAGCUGUGCAAGCGGUGACAUGCUCACAUCCCAGCAUCGUUGAGCGGGCUGUUAGCGGGAACGGUAGCGGUCGAACUGUACUGUGGGCUCUGUCUGACGUGGAAUAAACAUGUGGUGGAUAUACUACAAUCGCGCAUAUCUUGAGGCUAUCACAUGGUGUCGAUUGCGUCCCACUCGUCGUCAUUGUCGUCCACAACCGUGGGUUUGGCGGUUGCUGGGAUCGAUGAUAGUUCUUUGGCCGCAAUCUCCUCAGCGGCUGUGUCCAUCGCUGCAGCGAGAGCAGUGGCAUCGAAAUCGUCGGCCCCUCCAUACAUGUCGUCGUCGUCUCCAAUAUCGUCAUCCUGCAAGUUGACAUGUUUUGCAUUUUCUGAGGCUAUUCGGUCCAUGAGUGCGACGUCAAAGUCGUCGUCGUGGUCGCCUUCGGAGGAUGGAGGCAGAGUAGGUGCGCGAGACGAUGACGACGCGAUCUCGGCGCGAUCCGACGCUGGAACCCUGUCUGGCUCUUCUCCGGUGUGAGAAGGAAAGUCUUCAUUUGUUGCCUCUUCUUCUCCUGCGACGAU